UAUCUGUUUGCAGAGAAUAAAUCUUCACACUUUUUUCUGUUCUUUUUUUCUCGAUUUUUGUUUCAAAAAUAAUUUGUUCACUCCCGCCGUUCUUCGGGGACGGAACUGUGUCUUCAAAAUUUCGAUUCACUUGUCAUUUAUCAUCAUAUUUUCCAAUCAUCUAUGAGUAUUGGUAUUGAUUUGGGAACUACUUUCUCUUGUGUAGCUUAUUAUCAAAAUGGACAAGUGAAUAUAUUGGAAAAUGAGAAUGGUUGCAGAACAACCCCGUCAGUCCUAGCUGUUGGUGAGGAUGGAGAUUUACUUAUAGGUCAACAUGCAAAAGAUGUUAUCGGAAAGGCUACUAACUCACUCUUUGACGUUAAACGAAUAAUUGGACGGCGAUAUGAUGACGUUUUACUUCAAAGGGACAUGCCACUUUGGCCGUUUAAAGUUGAAAAAGAUGACAACGGAAUUCCGUAUUUAGAAAUUCACAAAAACGAAAAACCAUUAAAAUUCUCUGCUGUUACUGUAUCCUCACUUAUACUGAGAUGCUUGAAGUACAAUGCGGAGAGAAAAUUGGGUCUUGAAGUGAAAAGCGCAGUGAUUACUGUACCUGCAUAUUUCAAUGCAACACAGAGGAGAGCCACGGAAGAAGCUGCUGAGAUUGCAGGUUUGAAAGUUCUUCGAAUUUUGAACGAGCCAACAGCAGCCGCAAUAGCAUACAGUCUCAAGGGACAGAGACUUUCUAGAAGAAAUAUUUUGAUCUACGAUCUAGGAGGUGGCACUUUUGACGUGGCAGCUGUGAAUGUAGACGGGCCAAGGAUUACUGUAAAAGCUAAAGGAGGAGAUACUCACUUGGGCGGUCAAGAUAUUGAUAAUAUUAUAAUGAUAAAGAUGUUAGAAGAAUUUAAGAACAGACAUGGAAUUGAUUUGAAAGGAAACUAUCGAGCACUGAAGCGGAUCAGAAAAGCAGCCGAGGUGGCAAAGAUCACGUUAUCGGCAAGUUCGGUUGCUAGGAUUGAGCUCGAAUGCUUACACCUCGGUAUAGAUUUCAUCAUGAGAAUCAGCCGAACGGAUUUCGAAUCUUGGAUCGAAAAUCUUUUAAUGGCUACAGUAAUCCACGUGGAACGGGUUAUCCGAGAAGCGAAUCUCAAAAAAUCUCAGAUCAACGAAAUUGUGCUAGUUGGCGGAAGCACACGAAUUCCCAUUUUAAAGAACAUUAUCAAACAAAGUUUUGAAUCAAAUACAAGAAUUUGUGAAUCAAUACAUCCGGAUGAAGCGGUGGCGUACGGUGCGGCGAUUAUGGCUGCGGUGCUAUCAGGCGCAGAAGAAGUUCAAGACAUGCGUUUGAUUGAUGUCAUUCCAAUGUCAAUUGGUGUUCAAUGUAAUCGUGAUUAUAUGUCAGUUCUUAUUAAAAAGGGAACGGUUUUCCCAUGUACAAAGAGGAAGACUUUCAUCAAUAGUGAUGAUUUUCAGACAUCAAUCAAUGUUCCAGUUUACGAAGGAGAACGAGUGUUGUGUUCACACAACCGCCAACUCGGAGAAAUAAGUCUACCAAUUCAACCAAAAAGACGUGGUGAAUCAGUAGUUGAUAUCACAUUGGAAGUAGAUUAUAAUGGAAUUCUUCAAGCAACUGCACUUGAUUUAAACACAAAAAAGGCAAUAACCACAACAAUUUUAUACGAUUGUUGUACUUAUACUCAACCGGAAAUUGAUGAAAUGACUAGCCAAAGCGAAGAAGAUCGAAUCUUUGAUGAGCAUUUCAAAAUGCGAUACAAACAAUUACAAAAAAGUGAAGACAUGGCAUAUGGUUAUAAACAUCGAUUAGAGAAAGUUAAGGGGAGCGUUGAGCCUGGAAAAUUCUCGAACUUGAUGGAAACAGUGGAACGAGAAAUUUCAUGGUUGUCUGUAUUCCCAAAAGUGUCUCCAAAUGAAUAUAUGCAGAGAAGGAGAGCAUUACGACUUAAAGUGUAUCCAACUCUUUUUAUUAAUUUAUCGUUCUAUUAAUAAACUGAUUUAAAAUUUUUGUUUCUUUGUUACUGACUCCAAGCUAAUUUAUUCUUAAUUUCAAAAUGAAGAUUAAAGUUUUAA